ACGCGCAGCAGCCAGCCAGACAGCCCCCGACCAAUUCCCCAUCUCCGAUCUCCGAUCCACCGCACUCCGCCGAGCGCAAAAUGGAGUGCGACGGGAUGGACGCGCUCCCGGACGGCGUGGUGCAGAGCAUCCUCUCGCAGCUCAGCAACGCCCGCGACGUCGCCGCCUGCUCGGGGGUCUCCCGCUGCUGGCGCGACUGCGUGCCCUUCCUCCCCUCCCUCUACUUCCCGCGGAGCGCCUUCGACUCCGCCGCCGCGGGGGGCGCCACCGCCACCGCCGCCGACGACGCCAUCGGCCGGAUGGUCGAGGCCGCGACCCGCCUCGAGGAGCUCGUCAUCUACUGCCCCUUCUCCUCCACCCACCUCCCGCGCUGGCUCGCGCUGCGGAGCGCCUCCCUCCGCGUGCUCGAGCUCCGGGUCGACUCCGCCGCCGACAAGGCGGCCGCGUCCGACGCCGGAUCCGGCCACCUCGACUGCAUCGGGCUCGUCUCCACCCUCCAGGAGCUGCGGCUCUGGGGCCUCACCAUGACCCGGGCCCCGGCCUGGGGCCAGCUGGCGCGGCUCCGCGUGCUCGAGAUCGUCGGCGCGCACCUCGAGGACCUCGCCGUCUGCGGCGCCGUCCACGCCUGCCCCAGCCUCACCGACCUGGCCCUCCUAGGCUGCGAGUGCGCCGGCGCGGUAAACUUCACCCUCCCCCUGCUCCAGCGCUGCCGCCUCGACUUCGUCGGCUCCGGCACCUGCGCGCUCACGCUCGCCGCGCCCCACGUCGAGUCGCUCGAGGUCCAGGGGUUCAACUGGAUCGUCCUGCAGGGCGGCGACCGCCUCAAGCGCCUCACCAUCGCCAAAAACACCGGGAGCGUGUCUUCCGUGUGGAUCGAGAAGCUCCCGGUGCUGGACCACCUGUCGCUGCGCGGCGUGCAGUGGAGCUGGGGAGCCGUCAGCUACCUGCUGCAGUGCGCCGCCGAGGUCAGGCAUCUGGUCAUGAAGGUCGAGUUCUGCGGCGACUUCGACACGCUCCAGCCCUUCCCCGAGGUGGAUCUCGUUGAGUUCUUCAACACCCACCCCAAGCUCCGCAGGUUCGAGAUCCAUGGUGCCAUGUUCGCGGCGCUGUGCCAGAAGAACAGCCUCAAAAACCUGGACUCGAGGUUCUCCAUAUCUUCACUGGAGGAGGUGCUCAUCACCGUGCGCUCGCCCUUGAACGCCGAGCAGAAGCUGAUCACCCUCGAGUCCCUCGUCUGUUGCAGCCCGAGGCUGCUGAACAUGGUCAUUAGGAUCUCGCAGAUGAAGAACUGCCACGAGGCUUCAGAUGAAUUCUUCGAAGAGAUUUGCAAGUUUGCGCACGUCAAUAAGGGCAGAGUGCGGAUAGAGUAGAAGACAUGCGCUCUGCUGCGCUGCCUCUUGUGAGUUGCGACUCAACCAAUGAGACUUUGAUCGGAUGCCGUUUAUUUUGUUCAAUUCUGCUCGAUUGCUUGAGCUAUUUUGUUUGCAUUGUUAUGUCGGCUUGACCGUUUUGACAGUUAAGCACGGUUAAGUAGAUUGUUUGGUCUUGUGCUAGUUUUAUUUUUGUGCCUGGAAACUGUACUGUUCCUUGUUUCGUUGAUAAAUAAUAAACCCCUUUACUACA